CCUGGACUGAAGUCUGUGGCCGCUGCCUUAAGACGUGCGGGCUGGGCUGCGGCUGCCACUGCUCUCCGACCCGGGUCAGUGCAGCAGCAUGGAGCUUUGGGGGGCCUACCUGCUCUUCUGCCUCUUCUCCCUCCUGACCCAGGUCACCACCCAGACACCAGCCCCCAAGGUCAAGAAGGCUGCGAAUGCCAAGAAAGAUGUCGUGAGCACAAAGAUGAUUGAGGAGCUCAAGAGCCAGCUGGACGGCCUGGCCCAGGAGGUGGCCCUGCUGAAGGAGCAGCAGGCCCUGCAGACAGUCUGUCUGAAGGGCACCAAGGUGCACAUGAAGUGCUUCCUGGCCUUCACCCAGGCGAAGACCUUCCACGAGGCGAGCGAAGACUGCAUCUCGCGCGGGGGCACCCUGGGCACCCCGCAGACGGGCUCGGAGAACGACGCCCUCUACGAGUACCUGCGCCAGAGCGUGGGCGCCGAGGCCGAGAUCUGGUUGGGCCUCAACGACAUGGCGGCCGAGGGCGCCUGGGUGGACAUGACCGGCGGCCGCAUCGCCUACAAGAACUGGGAGACGGAGAUCACGGCGCAGCCCGAUGGCGGCAAGACCGAGAACUGCGCCGCCCUGUCGGGCACCCUCUAA